ACCAAACGAGUCUGCUCUGUCAGAAUACCUGGUUGAAACCCGAGAGUUUGUGGGAGUUACUGAUUUAAGUGAUUUGAUUUUACAGUUCCGAACGCAGCGAGAGAGAAGAAGGAGUAACUAAGAGUUUCGAUCGGAUCUCGGUGAGAAUGGCGAUGAGGACUUUCUACAACGAGAUAAAGGGGAUGAAAGUGAAGGAAGUGCCGGCGCACCUGAAGCCGAUGAUGUCCAUGGAUUACGUCAAGAGUGCGGCGAAGAGGGGAUUGGAUAACUACCACGCAAAGUACAUCCAGACUAACUCCAUCGACCCGCUCUAUCACGUCUGCUUCGGCGGCAUGCUUUUCUCAUACCUCGUCGCUCUCCCCGAGGAGCGCCGCCAUCUCGAGCAUCAGCAGCAUGCCGGCGGCCAUUGAUCUGUUUCCGUUCCGUUCCGAUCCUCCAAGGUGC